CACUGUAGCCGCGUUGCUGACACACUGGAGGCACCGGUGUAUAUAAAGAGCCUCGCCUCAUGACCAAGAGACACAAGUACCCAUCUCAUCUUCGUCUCAAUCUCUUUGGUGGAGUACACCUAUCAAGUGUGACAUAUUAUGUAUACGUUUAAGACACUAUUACUGGUCGCAAUAUGCGCAACCACGACAUGGGGAGCCCCGCAGAGGAGUAGUGGUGGUGGUGGUGGUGCAGAUAAAGAUGCAGUAAUAACGUCGCAGCAGCUCGAAGUUAAUUUCGACGGAAAUUACGUAAACAACUUUGAGACGAGCAACGGCAUCAGCCACCAGGAGUCGGGUGCCCCGAAGCAGAUUGAGGGUGAGACAGCCGUAGUAUCUCAGGGUGCAGAGGCUUGGGUGGCUCCAGAUGGUCAGCAGAUCAGUUUGACGUGGACAGCAGAUGAGAAUGGCUUCCAAGCGCAGGGUUCCCACCUGCCAACACCACCACCAAUUCCAGCGGCGAUCCAGCAGGCCCUCGAGUACAACGCAGCUCACCCCGAGGAAGACGGUGGCGAUCAGCCCAACAGACCACCCGGAAGAGGUUAAUCAGCUCCAGUGACAUCCAGACAUUGAAUACCAAUCGAUCGCGUUAACCAAAAGAACAAGCCGGCCUGUGUUAUACGGAUAAAAUCGACCUGACCCGCACGUGAAAAUCCAACGAUUUUGUUAAACGAAUAAAAAAAAGAAAAGGAUAAAUAUCGCAAUCAAGCGACAGAUUUUUUUUUUAUAUGAAAAAGGUGAAUCUUAGAGAUUUGUCAAAGGCCAGUUGAUUUGGCCGAUGACGAGCCGGUUUCAGCGAGGAGAGGGAAAACUUCUCCUCGUGGAAAUCAGCGGUAAUUGCACAAUAUGUCGCUUUGUGAUUUCUCAUAUUUUAAUAUAUUACCUGAUAUACAUACAUAACAUAUUUUUGUGUAAAUAAAGAAUCUGAAUGUGAA